ACACACACGAACGGCGACGCCAUGAAACACGCCGCGAAGCUCCCGUCCCGCGGUGCAUCGUCGUCACAGCACCGGCUCUCCCACGCUAUCCCGAAGACGCCGCCGCGUAAGAUCAGGAUCGUUCACGUCUUGGCGCCGGAGGUUAUCAAAACAGAGGCUCGGGACUUUCGUAAGGUCGUCCAGCGGCUCACCGGAAUGCCAUCGUCCCAAAAGGGCUCCUGCGCGGCGUCGGCACUCACGGACGAGGAUGCUUCGCCAUCAUCGCUAUCGUCGUGGCAGCCGACUGCGAUGUCGUCGCCGAUGAAAGUGGAGGCCGAAACAUCGUCUGGAGAAGGGGGAGGGUUACUGUACGAUCUCGAUCCGGAUGGCUACAACGAUGGCUUCUAUGAUUUUCUCCUCAGCUCCUGCGACACAGACGGGGUGGCCGGCUUUAAGUUAUGAUCAGAUGGUGCAUGGGAAUGUUUACCCCCCAAGUCUCCUGGUCAGUUUCUCUGCAAGCAUUUACAUUAUGAGAUGAACGAUCUCAACUUUAAUCGUUUUGCAACCAUAAACAUAAAUCACCGGACAUGUUUCAUGGUUCCAUGUCUGUCCUCUUUUUGAUAGUUCCAUGAGCCCAAUAGAACAA